ACGCCCCUUUGCCAGCCACGCCCCUUGGUGGGGCGCGCGCGGGGUGGGGGUGGGGAGUUACCCCUUUAAAAUAACCUGAAGGCGCCUUGAGCGAAUUUACCACCCUCAGGGGCCGGUUUGUGAGGGAGAAUUUUAUACGGGGGAAUUAUAUAGAUCUAUUUGUAUAGACUAUAUAUACAAAGCGCUGAGUUUCUUUUCCUGUCGAGAAGUUUGAUACCCCCCCUCACCCGCUCAUUCCCGUUCCUGUUUCGAGAGAGAUGACCGCGUUGCCUCGGCGGAGCUAAGGAGCAAGCGAGAGGCGGCGGCUGGGCUCCUGAGAGGCAGAGCGAGCGAGGGGGCGAGCAGCCGCGUGAGGCCGCCUUAGCCGCCCUUCCUUCCCUCCGCGUAGCUCCCGCCGGCGGGCUGCGAUGUCUCCCGUCAGCGAGGAGGUGGGAGCAGGGGACGGCUGCCCCCCGGCUGCCCCCGUGGCCCCCUUGGAGGGGGGCGAGGCGCUGGGCGACGAGCCGAAGCAGGAGAACGGCGGCGAGUGGUGCUCGCACCAGACGCUGCUCUCCUCGCUGGAGGCAGCCGCCGGGGAGCCGCCCCCGGUGACGGCGUUCGCGGCGGCCGGGAGCCCCCCGGAGAAGAAGCUGCAGAAGCCGCCCACGCCGCCGCCGAAGGGAGGCGAGGCGCCGUUCGAGCCCCCCGAGGGCGGCUGGGGGUGGGUGGUCAUGCUGGCCUCCAUGUGGUGCAACGGCGCCGUGUUCGGCAUCCAGAACUCGUGCGGGGUCCUCUUCAAAGCCAUGCUCAAGGAGUUCGGAGACCCCAACGACCCGCAGCUGACGUUCAAGACAGCUUGGGUUGGUUCCCUGUCCAUGGGAAUGAUCUUCUUCUGUUCUCCCAUAGUCAGUGUAUUUACCAACCUAUUUGGCUGCCGGAAAGUAGCUGUUGUUGGAGCAGCAGUGGCACUUGUUGGGCUUUUGUCAAGCUCAUUUGUAAGCUCACUUGGACCUCUAUACUUCACUUAUGGAAUCUUAUUUGGCUGUGGUUGCUCAUUUACCUAUCAGCCAUCCCUGGUCAUUUUGGGGCAUUAUUUCAAGAAGCGCCUGGGACUGGUGAAUGGCAUUGUCACUGCUGGCAGCAGCUUGUUUACUGUAACACUGCCCUUUCUUUUAACUGUACUGAUUGACUCAGUUGGCUUAUACAACACUUUCCGGAUCCUGUGCAUUUUUGUGUUCGUUCUCUUCCUGGCUGGUUUUACUUACAAACCUCUCAUUCCCAGUGCCAAAGAAAAUGGGGAAAAGAGCAAGUCCACAUUUCCUCCUGCAAAAAAUAUUUUUAAUUUUUCCAUUUUUAAAAUUAAGAGUUAUCUAAUCUGGGCUAUUGGGAUCCCAGCUGCCUUAUUUGGAUACUUCAUACCUUAUGUGCACCUAUUGCACCAUGUGAAGGAACGUAUUGGUGAACAUGUUCCAGAUGAGACACUUCUGCUUUGCCUUGGCAUUACUUCAGGAGUUGGUCGAUUGAUCUUUGGCAGAAUUGCAGACUAUAUUCCAGGUGCAAGAAAGGUUUAUCUACAGGUGAUUUCAUUUUUCUUCAUUGGCCUGAUGUCUAUGAUGAUUCCAUUAUGCGACUCCUUUGGAAGUCUCAUUGCUGUCUGCCUCUUCAUGGGUCUUUUUGAUGGCUGCUUCAUUAGCAUUAUGGCACCAAUUGCCUUUGAGCUAGUUGGUGCACAGUAUGUUUCCCAGGCAAUUGGAUUCCUCUUGGGCUUCAUGUCUGUUCCAAUGAUAGUUGGUCCACCUGUUGCAGGAAUACUUAAAGAUCACCUGGGUACUUACGAUGUAGCAUUCUACCUAGCAGGAGUUCCCCCAAUGAUCGGAGGAGCUGUAUUGUGUUUCAUCCCAUGGGUGCAUGAAAAGAAGAAACCCAAAGAAAAAGCUAGUCCAAUGGAUGGGAAAACUAUGGAGAAAAUGCUGGAAAUCAAAAGCACCUCAGAGCCAGACUCAUAUGAAAAACCCAGAAAAGAACCAGAGUCCGUUAUUUAAUGGCCGAUAUUUUUCUUAUCAGAUUGAAUUUAUUUUUAUAAGAACUAGGUUAGCUUUCUGUUUAUGAAUUGAAUGUACCGUAUGAUUGUACUUCAAAAGCAAAGCCACAAUGAGAGCUAUCAAAGUAGUAAAGGUUAAAACAAAAUGGUUAAUAGCUUAAAAAUGCCUUUCACCCAUUUUUAUAUGGUCUCAAAACACACUUCCACAUACAACAUGGAGCUUUUUGUCAUCAGAAUACAUGCUAGUGGGGGCGUGUGUCAGGAGAAUUUAAAACAAACACAUAUGACUGCAUUUCUGGAACUCAAUAAAUGUCUCCCUUCUACUAACUAAUCCUUUCAUAAUGCAUCCAGCAACUUCAUGAUUCACCUAAUGGUGGAAUGGCAUGCAUCUGGAAUUAUUAGUAACAUCUUAAUGUUCUUAAAGCUACUAUUUUUAAUCUUUAAAAAGAUGUGUGGGGUUUGCAAUGUGGAUUCACAGCUUUUUAGAUCUUCUUAAAAACAAAUUCUAUGCAGAUUUUGGCAUGCCUAAGACCACUGAUUUCAAUGGGUUUAAGAAUGUCUAAUGCUGUGUAAGAUUGCAGCUUUAGCUUUUAAUCCCCAGGAAACCAUUGCAGUAAACUAUGAAAAUGUCUUUUCAUAAUGCAAUAGUGACAAUUCAACUUUUGCUUAACUCUGCAGUGGAAUCCUUCUUGCAUUUCUUCAUUUAUUUGCUUCAUGUAUUUUAAAGGUGGUUGGCAUCAUGGUAACCUUAUAACUCUUUAUUUCUUAAAUAAUUUAAACUGCUGAGCUAAUGAUAAGCUAAUUAUUCAUGUGUACGUGAAAAACACGGUUCUUACAUCAUCUUUCUUAAUAGGUUACUAGUAAUUAUAAAAUCACAUAUACUGAAUGAAAUCCAACGGGUUUUGCUCUGCUGCUGGAAGCCAUCCAUCAGUAGAAUGGGUAGGGGGUCAAUUUAUUUUAUUUAUUUAUUAAAUUUGUAUACUGCCUUUACUGGAUGGCACUUCACAACAUAAAAUUACAAUAUAAAAAACACAAAAUACAUGAUAAAAAUAUAAACAGAAACAAACCAAUAAUCCUCCCUUCCACUACACAUUUAAAAGGGUAUUGACAGUCAUUCAGCCAGAGGCCUGGUUGAGGAGGAAUGUUUUCACCUGGUGCCCAAAGGUGUAUAAUGAAGGUGCCUCCCUGGGGAGAGCAUUCCACAAAUGGGGAGCAGUAUAUGGCAAUUCCUUCUUUGUAAUUCAGCACUCAAUAAUCUUUUCUUGGGGUAUCCUCCAGAGCAAAUCUGGCCAGGAUGCAAGGGGAAUAAAAAAUGCCAGAUUUGGGCGAGGGCAUUCAGGGGUAGUUGCCAAAAAAAUUCCCACCUCACAUUUGAUAGGUACAUUUCAUUAGUGCAGUGACACCCAUUGGAUUCCAUCCUAUAUUCUAUAGUGUAGUGAAGCAACUGUUUUCCAUCAGAUUUGUCUAUUUUCAUUAUUUAACCCAAAGUGUAGUAAUACUGCUUGUGAUUUCUUUUGAUGGAUCAGUUCAAAUCAAGGGGCAUACUUAAGAUUUCACUAACAUUCUGUUUUCAAUCCUGCUAUGCAUCUGAGUCCUUCUGUUGCAGUAUCAAGAGAUAUACAAAGCAACAUAGCCCAUAUAUGUAGGCAAGAUUCUGCUUCUCUUUGGUACUUAACAGCAGGUAUGAGAAGAAAGUCAUGAAAUCAAGAUGGAUGGGGAGACCCUUUACUCCUCCAAGUUUCAAACCACAAGCUGUACCUUUCUGAAUGUCCCAAAAAACUUUGACACCUUG